CUCUCUAAUUGUUAGUUGUAACAGAAAGUUCUUUGCCAUGAUCGCAAAGCUAAAUGAUAAAACUGGGGAGUCUGGGAUUCAGGAAGAUGGUGUGCCCGUGUACGCCAUACGCGAGGUACCCAUUACUACGCAGAGGAAACCAUGGUUUGACAUUAACGACCCCAAACUCCCACAUCCAGCGGUAGCACGCGCGAACCUUGCGCCUUCACUGGAUACGCCCCAAGGAAGCACACAAGACAACUGGGCUGAAAAACACUCUCAUCAAACUGUACUUCAACAGCACUGCGACUUCUUUGACCGUGACGGCGAUGGAAUUCUUUGGCCACAAGACACAUAUAUCGGUUUCUAUCGCCUGGGCCUUGGAAUCCUCUUCUCCGCUUUCGCGGUCCUAGUUAUUCACAUCAACUUCUCGUAUCCGACAUCUCCAGGAUGGCUGCCAGACCCCUAUUUCCGCCUAUUCCUAAAGAAUGUGCAUAGGGCAAGACAUGGAAGUGACACUGGGACUUUCGAUCCGGAGGGAAGAUUCAUCCCGGCCAAGUUUGAGGAAAUCUUUACCAAGUAUGCGGAUGGCAGGGAUUACCUGACAAUCCAGGAUUUGAAGAAUACUUUGAUGGGUCAAAGAAACAUCAACGAUCCGAUUGGCUGGUGUGGUUUCAUUUUCGAAUGGACCGCGACGUAUCUGAUGCUUUGGCCUGAGGAUGGUCGGAUGAUGAAAGAGGACAUCCGCGCUGUAUACGAUGGCAGCAUAUUUCAUCGAAUCGCAGACAAGCGCGAAAAAAGACUACAGCAGCAAGAGCAGCAAAAGAGGCAAAAAGGCCAAUAAUUGGCGGCCUCUUCGUCAUCUGCCCCUGCCGGCAAUGUCACUUGGUUCAAAGUUUCGCGGCCGCUAGUAAGCUAACCUACGUACCUAAUUCUCGGCCGAGCGCGGCUUUUUGUCUGUUGCCAUUACCACUCUAGGUGUAUAUACUUUCAGAUGCUGCAGCUUGCCGAACGGUCAUGCAACCCAAUAGAUGCAUG